AUGCAAUUACAUGCUCCUAGAUCUGUUUAUAAAAUUGAAACGACAGAGUAUGUGGCUGGUCAUCAAGUAGAUAACAGGUUUAGAGUAUUUGAACGAGUUUUUUGGUCAUUUAAACAAUGUCAAGAAGCUUUUAAAUUCUGCAAACCUAUAUUACAAGUGGAUGAGACGUUCUUAUAUGGUAAGUAUCAUCAUACGUUGCUCAUUGCAACAACUCAAGAUGGAAACAAUUGUGUACUUCCAAUAGCUUUUGCAAUUGUUGAAGGAGAAACCUUGUCAGCAUGGGAAUGCUUUUUGUCAAUGAUUCGUUUGCACGUUACUAAUAAGUCAGGGAUUUGUUUAAUAUCAGAUAGGCAUCAAAGUAUAAAAGGAGCUGUCGCAAAUUCACACAUUGGGUGGCAACCUCCAAAUGCAUAUCAUGUAUAUUGUAUUCGUCAUAUUGCCAGCAACUUUAAUCACCGAUUUAAAAAUAUAGCCUUGAAGAAAGAGCUCAUCAAAUUAGGUUAUACACCAUCGAAGGUAAUAUUUCACCAAAAGUUAAGUAGAUUUCAUAAUGAAUCUGAAGAUAUACAAAGGUGGAUUGAUUGCAUAUUAAAAGAGAAAUGGGCAUUAUGUUAUGAUGAGGAUGGGCGACGUUAUGGUCACAUGACCACAAAUCUUUCAGAAGCUGUGAAUAAAGUGUUCAAAGGUGCUAAAAAUUUACCUAUAACUGCCCUUGUUAAAGCCACGUAUGGAUGUUUGGUUGAAUAUUUCAUGAAAUAUGGAGAAGAAGUCAUAUCUGACCUUCAAAAUGGAAGCAUGUUUUAUAAUAAAGUCAUGUUGCAAAUUCAAAAAAAUCAACAAGAGGCUUCAUCACACCAAGUUCAUAGGUAUGACAUACAAAGAAAAAGUUUUGAGGUUGAAGAAGCAUUUAAUCCAAUUACACAAAGGGGUGGACAUAAAUUGACAGUUAUAUUAGUAGGAGAUUUUGCGAGUGUGGAAGAUUUCAACCCUAUCGAUUUCCUUGUUCUCAUGUGA